AUGAGAGGGUUCGAGAGGAGAGACGUCCGGCAGUACAACCGGUCCGACGAGCCACGGAUGCGGUGGACGGAGGAGCUGCACCGGCAGUUCAUCGAGGCCGUCGACUGCCUCGGCGGCCAGGACGAGGCAACGCCGAAGCGUAUUCUUCAGCUGAUGGGCGCCAAGGGAGUCAGCAUAUCUCACGUCAAGAGCCAUCUCCAGAUGUACAGAUCAAGCUCUAGCAACUCCACCUGCAACGGUACACCCAAUGCGUCCGUGGAUCGCCGUGGAGACCAGCGUGUUGUUGACGGGCCAUGGAAUGGCCACAGGAACGGGAAUGGCAUGGGGGUGGCUUCGGAGAGGAUCGACGACGCUUCAUCUUACCCCGUGCCUUCCCAUGGCCACCGCUCGCCGGCGUACCAAAUACCGUCGAUCGAAGACGUUUUCAGGAGCUGGGAGCAGAGUAGAGGGCGGCUGCCGUGGAACUCCAGCAUGCCAUCAGAGAAGGCGACCGGCUGGGCAUGCCACGCUGACAGAAGCACACGUCAGAAGCAGCAGCAGCAGCAGCAGACGGCGGCGGGGUGUGACCUGACGCUGUCGAUUGGCCGGUGGGAGGCGGAGGCGGCGAGCAGUGAUGCUGACUUCUCGAGCAUGACCACCGAGGAGGCCGUCGCACCAGCAAGGGAUCGAGGAGCCGGCGAUCACCGUCGCUCCGCCUCCGUCACCGGCCUGGACCUCGACCUGAACCUCGACUUGGCCAUCUCAUCCUCUUGUCUGUGA